AUGGUGCGACGAACGCCGGCUAUCAUCGGAUGCAUCUUUACAGCACUUUGUGACGCCAUCGUAGCAACACUGCUAUUUGGACAUUGUAACCAAAUAUACCACAGAUUUUCCACAGCAACAGCUCAAUUUUCCAUCCUCGAUUCCACAUUUGAGCUAUGGUGGUUUGGUUUGGUUCGUUGUUUCGUCCUCUUAGGAUUAACGCUAGCGGUCUUGCGACAUCCAUUAGAAGCGAUCACACGAAUACAGAAGCUGGAAGAAGGCGCCGUUUGUUUUCUUAUUUUGAUGGGAAUAUAUGACCUUGUAAAACUGUUAAUACUGUCCGAUGAUUCACUGAAAUUAUAUGACAAGUGGUUUUGGGCCCAGUUCUCGUGGUGUCUGAUGGGAUGCGUUCUAUUCUAUAUACAUUACUGUGCACUAGGAAAAAUUAAACUGCUGACAAACGGAGUUCUUUUACAAAACGACUAUGUACGAAUUAACGAUGAUGAAAACGACACAGAGGAAAGGAAACCUCUUUUGUCUUCUUCGUCCUCUUCAAAAAGGAAGUCAGCAUCAAACGACAGCGAUGACGAUGAUAAUGAAGACAGCGACGAUGAGUCUUCAGAAGCCAGAUCUAUUGCCGAGAAGAGAGCGACAGUUCUGAGAUUGUUCUCGUAUUCCAAACCGGAUCUAGGUUACAUCAUGGGGGCAUUCAUAUUCUUGGUGAUUGCGGCAGUUGGUGAGAUAUUUAUUCCCUACUAUACUGGACAGGUAGUGGAUGGAAUAGUGAUUGACAAAUCCAAGGCUAGAUUUACACAAGCCAUAAUCUAUGUGGUCGUCAUCUCGACAGGAAGUGCGAUUGCCAGUGGUCUGAGAGGAGGUCUGUUUUCCGUCGCAAUGGCUAGACUAAACGUUCGCAUCAGGAAUCUACUCUUCUCCAGUAUCAUUGAUCAGGAAAUUGGAUUUUUCGAUAGUGUCAAAACCGGUGACAUCACGUCCAGACUGACGUCCGACACCACGGUUAUGAGUGAUACGGUCACCCUGAACAUUAACAUCUUCCUGCGUAGUCUCAUACAGGCAGUGGGUGUGAUCGUGUUUAUGGUGAAGCUGUCUUGGCGCAUGAGCAUACUAUCUAUUAUUGUCCUUCCGCUUGUGUUUGGUGUUUCAAAGGUCUAUGGCAAGUAUUACAAGAGACUCUCAAAGCAAGUUCAGAACCGGCUUGCCAAGGCCAAUGAAGUAGCGGAAGAGGCGUUUACAAGCAUGCGUACCGUGAGAAGCUUUGCCAAUGAAAGUUACGAGAAAUCUCGUUAUUAUUCUAAUCUGAUGCGCAUGUAUAAAGUGAAAAAGAAGCAGGCAGUGUUCUAUGCUGGAUACGUGUGGACGAACAAGUUGUUCGAGCUGAUACUGACGGCAUCGGUAUUGUAUUACGGCGGACAUCUGGUGGUAAAUGCUAAAUUAAGUGGUGGUAAUCUCGUCUCGUUCAUCCUCUACCAAUUGCAACUUGGAGAAUGCAUAGACAGUAUCGGCAAUGUAUACACAGGAUUAAUGCAAGCUGUUGGAGCAUCACAGAAAGUGUUCGAGUAUAUGGACCGUGUUCCAAAAAUCAUAAACAAUGGAACUUUGGCGCCACAUUUUGUUCAGGGGAGAAUCGAGUUCAGAGACGUUACUUUUGCAUACCCCACUCGAAAUGACACUCCCAUUUUGAAGAAUGUGUCGUUCUCCGUGGCUCCAGGAGAGGUGGUGGCCAUUGUAGGUCCCAGUGGAAGUGGUAAAACUUCGUGCAUUAAUCUCCUGGAACACUUCUAUGAGGCAUGCACAGGUUCAGUGUUACUGGACAGCCAGCCAAUACAGAGUUACGACCACACCUACCUACAUACAAAGGUGGCUCUAGUUGGUCAGGAGCCUGUGCUUUAUGCGCGAUCACUCAAGGACAACAUUCGAUGCGGCCUUUCAGAGGAGCAUUAUGAGAUGGAACGCGUGAUAAGAGCAGCAGGUUUAGCCAACGCCCACCAAUUUAUCAUGGAAAUGAAGAAAGGAUAUGAUACCCAGGCUGGGGAGAAGGGGCUGCAACUGUCAGGAGGACAAAAACAGAGGGUUGCCAUAGCACGUGCGCUUAUUAGAAACCCUGCAAUUUUGUUAUUGGAUGAGGCGACAAGUGCACUUGACUCUGAAUCCGAACAUAUUGUUCAGCAAGCAAUCUACAAGAACUUGCAAGGGAAGACAGUAAUCAUCAUAGCUCAUCGACUAAGCACAGUUGAGAAAGCUGACCGUAUUAUUGUCAUCGAAAAAGGCCGAUUGGUUGAGCAAGGAUCGCAUUCGGAACUCCUCUCUAGGAAAGGACUAUAUGCCAAGCUUGUUAAAAGACAAUUGAAAGAAACUCGUUCAUCCUAA